AUGAGGGCGCGUUUGGACCCUUUGUUUACUCAGACACUUCUAAAAAUAGGCAAUGGGCAGGAAAAGACGUUUGAAGAUGAUCUUAUAAAGAUCCCUGCUCCUCUAGCAAUUAAUGACCCUAUGGCUGAGGAGUCGUUGGAUGAACUCAUAAAAGUCAUAUAUCCAGAUCUAGCAAGCUUAACAGAGGUGAGUCGGUCCAUAAAUCGAGCCAUUUUAACGACAAAGAAUUGUUUUGUUGAUGAGGUAAACACGAAGCUUAUUAAUGAGUUUCCAGGAAAUUUAGUGGAAUACUUGAGUUUUGAUAGAGUUGAAAAUCCAUCUCAUGAGGCUGAAUAUGGCGACCUCAUCAAUUCGCUUACACCGAGUGGUUUACCAGAGCAUAGGCUCAGCCUAAAGGAAAAUGCGCCGGUUAUACUGCUACGCAACCUAGACCCUACCGAAGGACUAUGUAAUGGCACAAGACUUAUUUGUAAAAAACUAGAUAAAAAUGUCAUUCAUGCAGAAAUUGCAGUUGGUGAGUUCUGCGGCAAAAGUGUUUUCAUACACAGAAUACCAUUUGAGCCUCCAACCGAUGAGCAAUAUCCCGUUCCUUACACACGCACACAGUUCCCCCUACGUCUGUGUUUCGCAAUGACAAUAAACAAGGCACAAGGGCAGACAUUAGACUCUGUCGGCGUAUAUUUGAGAGAACCAGUAUUCUCGCAUGGGCAACUUUAUGUUGCAAUGUCACGCGCUAAAACUUCUGCAUCUGUAAAGCUUCUGAUAAAGCCGCCUUUCAAUGAACAUCGGUUGAAUUACACAAGAAAUAUUGUUUACACAGAAGUUUUGCAGGCAGCUGAAAUUGUUUAA